AUGGUGACAGCAACUGGAAGAAUUUGAUUUAUUUCUCUCCCAUUCAUGAUAUUAAUGAAUUGUGAAUUAGUGCAGUUGAAAUCUGUACUGGAUUGUCCAUAUAACACCAUACAGGCUUCGCGUCUCUUGUGGGAGAAAUACCAGUCUGUGUAUUUAGAGAGAAAUUUCUGAGGUACUGAUAGUACUGUGAAUUGACUUAAUAAUUGGUAUUUGAAACCGAUUCUUGACAUGGAGAAGAGGGAGAUGACCAGCUGACAACAACUGGUUUUCUACCCAACACUGACUUACCCGUCCUUACCUCCUUCCUGCUCCUCCGUGGGAAAGGUGGCCUCCUUCCAGUCUGGGGCAUAAGCUGUAACCAUGACCACUGAAGUAGGCUCCGCAUCUGAAGUGAGGAAGGAAUCUGAGCCAUUAGGAGCAGAUGCCACCAAGGAGAAACCUAAAGAAGUAGCAGAAAAUCAGCAGAAUCAGUCCUCCGAUCCAGAGGAGGAAAAAGGUUCCCAGUCAUCUCCUACAGCUGAAAGCCAAAGUAGUCCACGCCGCCAGAAGAGAGAGAAGGAUCCAUCUGAGAGCAGGGGCAUUUCUCGAUUCAUACCCCCGUGGCUUAAGAAACAGAAGUCCUAUACCUUAGUAGCGGCUAAAGACGGAGGAGAUAAAAAAGAGCCCAGUCAAGCUGUUGUGGAAGAGAUUUUAGAUCAAGAGCAAUCUCUUCCUGAAGGAGAAAGGCAGGCCAAGGGCGAUGCCGAAGAAACCGCUCAGAGAAAAGAGCCAGAGAUGAAAGUUGAUGUCAAGGAAGAGAAGCCCUCCGUGAUCCGUCCUGAGGCACAGCCCACUGAAAGGGUAAGUAAGGAGAGAGAAGAGAAGGCGAAGGAAAUGAAGGAAGACACGUCAGAAGAAGCAGCAAAGAGGGAGACCAAGGAAGUGCAGACCAAUGAGCUAAAGGCAGAGAAGGCCUUCCAGAAAGCCAGCAAGAAGACCAAAACGGUCCAGUGCAAAGUGAUGCUCCUAGAUGGCACCGAGUACAGCUGUGACCUGGAGAAACGUGCGAAGGGACAAGUGUUAUUUGACAAAGUGUGUGAACAUCUCAAUCUCCUGGAGAAGGACUACUUUGGACUUUUAUUUCAGGAAAGCCCUGAGCAGAAAAACUGGCUAGAUCCUGCAAAAGAAAUAAAGAGACAACUGCGAAAUCUUCCUUGGCUGUUCACCUUUAAUGUGAAGUUUUAUCCUCCUGAUCCUUCUCAAUUGACUGAAGAUCUCACCAGAUACUUCUUGUGCCUUCAGCUCCGGCAGGACAUUGCCUCUGGCCGCCUGCCUUGCUCUUUUGUGACGCACGCCCUCCUGGGAUCUUAUACCCUGCAGGCUGAGCUUGGGGACUAUGAUCCAGAAGAACAUGGCAAUAGUGACCUCAGUGACUUCCAGUUUGCCCCCACACAGACCAAGGAGCUGGAAGAGAAGGUGGCAGAACUGCAUAAAACCCACAGGGGCUUAUCUCCAGCACAAGCUGAUUCUCAGUUCUUAGAAAAUGCAAAGAGGCUCUCCAUGUAUGGUGUUGACCUACAUCAUGCCAAGGACUCGGAAGGUGUGGACAUCAAGCUGGGUGUGUGCGCUAACGGGCUCCUCAUUUACAAAGACAGACUGAGAAUCAAUCGUUUUGCUUGGCCGAAAAUCUUGAAAAUUUCCUAUAAGCGCAGUAACUUCUACAUUAAAGUUAGGCCGGCAGAGCUCGAACAAUUUGAGAGCACCAUUGGAUUCAAACUGCCAAACCAUCGGGCAGCAAAAAGGCUAUGGAAAGUGUGCGUGGAACAUCAUACUUUCUACAGGCUUGUGUCUCCAGAGCAGCCACCAAAGGCCAAGUUCCUGACCUUGGGGUCCAAAUUCCGCUACAGCGGCCGUACCCAGGCCCAGACCCGUCAGGCAAGCACCCUCAUUGACAGGCCCGCACCACACUUUGAGCGUACCUCUAGCAAACGGGUCUCCAGGAGUCUAGAUGGAGCUCCAGUUGGUGUUGUCGAUCAAAGUCUUAUGAAGGAUUUUCCUGGUCCUGCUGGGGAGGUUUCGGCCUACGGCCCCGGAGUUGUCAGCCCUGCCAUGGUACAAGAUGGGGAUGGCAGAAGGGAGCUCAGAAGCCCAACUAAAGCCCCACAUGUGCAAUUCAUUGAAGGAAAGAAAAAUUCCUUGAGAGUAGAAGGGGAUAAUAUUUAUGUCAGACAUAGCAAUUUAAUGUUGGAGGACCUCGAUAAGGCCCAGGAGGACAUACUGAGACAUCAGGCUAGCAUUAGUGAACUCAAGCGCAAUUUUAUGGAAUCCACACCUGAGCCGCGCCCUAAUGAAUGGGAAAAACGACGUAUCACACCUCUGUCCCUACAGACACAAGGGAGAAAAGGAGAUCAUCUUUUCAAGGAUAUUUUAUCCGUGAAGGAGAAGCAUCAGAUGGCAGCAACACGGACAGUUGAAGGAAAAGUCCAGGAGACAGACAAGAGCCUAGAAGAGGAAAUAACGUCCAUUUUGUUGAGUGAAAAGGGCUUUGCUGAUAGCUUGCGAGCCCCCUUCACCUCAGCCACCACUCGGACAGCAGAGGGCGCUGUUGUGAACUGUAGUGCGCCUCCCGAAACGCUUUCUUCCUCGCCCUUCUCACGCUUGCCUGAGAAACGCGCUCCCGAGUCCGAAGGGCCUUGCACCGGAGCCAGUGAUGCUGUUAAGAGUUCACAUGAGACUCUGAAUGUAGUGGAGGAGAAGAAACAGGCAGAGGUUGGGAAAGACGAAAGAGUAAUCACAGAAGAAAUGAACGGUAAAGAGCUAUCACCUGGGAGUGGUCCUGGGGAGAUGCGUAAGGUGGAGCCUCUGACCCAGAAAGACUCCACCUCCCUGUCUUCUGAGAGCAGCCACGGCAGCGAGAGCGAGGAGGAAGACGGGGGCGAGUACCGGCCCCACCACCCUGUGACCGCGGGCGCCAUACGGGAAGAGCGGGAGGAGGACGAAGAGGUGGAGGAAGAAGCCGGCCGAGCAGCCCAGGUAGUAGAGAGGGAGGAAGCGGUACCAGAAGCCAGCCCAGUCAGACAAGCAGGUGCCAGUGUAAGCGCAGUAGAAACAGUGAUCCGGGAGAAUGUAGUUGCCCCACAGAUACCUGCAGAGAAGAGUGUAAACGAAGGCGCUAUUAAGCAAGACAUGAGCGAAGAAACAGAGGACGAGCAGCACACAGUUAACGGAGAGGUGUCUCAUGUUGACAUUGAUGUUUUGCCACAAAUUAUUUGUUGUUCAGAGCCACCAGUGGUAAAAACAGAGAUGGUAACAAUUUCUGAUGCCUCACAAAGGACAGAAAUCUCCACCAAGGAAGUCCCUAUUGUCCAAACUGAGACCAAAACCAUCACAUAUGAGUCUCCACAGAUUGACGGCGGGGCCGGUGGUGACUCGGGGACAUUACUGACAGCACAAACCAUCACAUCUGAGUCUGUGUCGACAACGACAACAACACAUAUCACCAAGACUGUGAAAGGUGGAAUAUCUGAAACAAGAAUUGAGAAACGCAUCGUGAUCACGGGAGAUGCAGACAUCGAUCAUGACCAGGCGCUGGCCCAGGCCAUCCGGGAAGCCCGAGAGCAGCACCCGGACAUGUCGGUCACCAGAGUGGUGGUGCACAAAGAAACAGAGUUGGAGGAAGGGGAAGACUAAGUAAGAAAUUCCAUUUUUUAAACAACACUCAACUUUGUGAACCUGAAGAAUUUUGACCAUUCCAAGUCUUAAUGCCACACCACUACUCCAGCAAAUUUAUACUACGACUGGUAACAAUGACCAGAAGCCUGAAGAAUUAAAAUGCCAACAACCAAACCUUACCUUAACAGCUCUGGUCUAUACCGUUCCCUUGCAUUUUAAUACAUUAUUUUGUUUUAUAACCACUUCUAAAUAUUCUUGACUCUUUCUUUUUUUUUUUUUUAAUUAGGGAGUUUUGUUUUUGUUUCCUGUUUACUUUGUGUACAACUACCUGCUUUUUAUCACUCAUUUUGAUCAAAUGAUAGUGAACAAAGCCAGCCCCACGCUGGUAAGGUGCUGUUCACUUGAACAGGUGCUGUUGUGCGGAAAGGAAACUCUGUGACUAAUUUCCGAUCGUGGCUUUCCUGUCUUCCAGAUCCUUCCCAUUGAAUCCUUACAGUAAAUAUUUACGGAGUUUUCAGAUUGCAGUAAAUAUACUGUAUGAGAAAAUAUUAAUACAGAUCAAAAGCAUUUCUUACAUCCUGAAAAUUUUCUAAUGUUUGAGAAUUUCAUCGGGGCUGUUUUUUAUAUUGGACCCUUUUUGACUUUCCAGUCCUCUGACUUUUCACUGAAAGUCAGAGAUGCUCCAGACUGGAGAAUUACAAAGAAGCUCACUGACCACGCACUGUGUUUCGAGACCCUGUCACGCCACAGUGCCAAUGCUUCUCAGACACAUGCUCUUCGGCAGCAUUCCAGAACCAGGAGGGAGGAAAAAGAGAAACUACUGUUUCUUCCCUUCUACUAAAAAUUCAGGCAGCUUAAAACCUUAGUGCUUUCUUUCUUAACAUGUCCAAAUUUCAAGACUUUCCAUUAUUUGAACACUUUGUGUAGAACACUUGCUUUGUAUUAAACCUCCCUGUCUACUUGUAAAACUGACCUUUUGUUAUUGAGCAGGUAUAUCUCUUUCAGAUAGUUGGAUGAUUCACACAGGUUUGAGGACACUGGGGAGAAGAGCAGGGGCUGUGGUGGGUUUUUUUUUUUGAUGGUUGUAAGGAAGCGAUACCAUUUACAGCUGACACCAGAGACCUGAUAGGGACCUAUUAACGGUAUUGAACAUGUUUUCCUUUGCUUUUGACCCUAUGUAUAGUUAUGAUGCCAGAUUAGAUUUAUAGCAGCUUCAAGUUGUAUUAAAUGAUAUUUUGCUUUCUGUAAUACUGUUAUAAAAUAAAGUGUGUUUAUUCUCUAAA